AUGGCUCGUACGAAGCAGACCGCCCGCAAAUCCACCGGAGGGAAGGCCCCCAGGAAGCAGCUCGCCACGAAAGCGGCCCGCAAGUCCGCCCCCACCACGGGAGGAGUGAAGAAGCCCCACCGCUACCGCCCUGGAACUGUCGCCCUCCGGUACUUCCAAUCAAGCUCUUCCUCUUCCUCGGGCAUUCUAUCUGCUCCUACAUCUUCUGAACUCCCCCUCUGUUCUUCUCUUCAUCCUUUGUCUACAGAGAGAUCCGCAAGUUCCAGAAGAGCACGGAGCUGCUGAUCAGGAAGCUCCCGUUCCAGAGGCUCGUUCGUGAGAUCGCUCAGGACUUCAAGGUCAUAAUCAUUUCCUUUCUGGGCUCUUGCUCUUUCCUUCCGUCGUUUUUCUCGUUCAUCUGGAAGUCAACGCCUGGUUGGUUGUGGUUGUUGUUGUCGUCAACGCGCAGACGGAUCUGAGAUUCCAGAGCCACGCCGUUCUGGCGCUGCAGGAGGCGGCGGAGGCCUACCUGGUGGGCCUGUUCGAGGACACAAAUCUCUGCGCCAUUCACGCGAAGAGGGUGACCAUCAUGCCCAAGGACAUCCAGUUGGCCAGGAGGAUCAGAGGGGAGAGAGCCUGA